AUGUCCUUUUUCGUCAUUUUAGCUUCUACUGUUAUCAUCAUCGUUUCUGGUUUCUCCACGACGCUCGAUGGUCCGUUUAACCCCGAGACUGCUCCACUUGACCCCAAUCUUAACCCGAUUGUAUUCGACUUACCAGAAUCCGACCCGAGUUUCGUAAUACCCAACUCGGAGUUUCAACCCGAACAGAUCUCUGUCUCUCUCUCUUACAGUUUCGACUCUGUCUGGAUUUCUUGGGUCACAGGGGAAUUCCAAAUUGGUGAAGAAGAUUCUGUGCCUCUGGAUCCUGAUUCCGUGCAAAGUAUAGUCCAAUACCGCGAAUUCGAUGUUCGUACUAGGAAAAAAAAUGCAACAGGCAAUUCUAUUGUGUAUAACCGACAGUAUCCUCCUGAAAAUGGUCUCAAGAAGAACUAUACUUCAGGGAUCAUCCAUCAUGUGCAACUCACAGGUCUUAAACCAAACACAUUGUAUCAAUACCGAUGCGGAGAUCCAUCUUUAUCAGCAAUGAGCAAAGAGUAUUAUUACUUCAGGACAAUGCCUAAGUCUGAAUAUGAGAGUUACCCGCGUAGAAUAGUUGUGGCUGGAGAUUUGGGUCUUACUUACAACACAUCAACAGUUAUGACUCAUAUUCUCUCUAACCAUCCUGAUCUUGUGGUUUUAAUCGGAGGAUUUAGCUACGCAGAUACUUAUCUCGCGAAUAAGACUAAAUUAGAUUGCGGUUCUUGUCAAUGUGAUCAAAAUGGAACUAGUUUUGAUUGUGGUUCUUGUUGUAGUCGAGAAACUUAUCAGCCUCGGUGGGAUUAUUGGGGAAGGUUCAUGGAGCCACUCACGGCUAAUGUUCCAACGAUGAUGGUAGCAGGAGAGCACGAGAUUGAGCCGCAGAGCGAUGGUAAUCUGACAUUCGUUGCAUACAGUUCAAGAUUCGCAUUUCCUUCAAACGAAAGCGGUUCUUUUUCGCCAUUGUACUAUUCGUUCAACGCGGGAGGAGCUCAUUUCAUAGUGCUUAAUGCAUACACACCUUAUGAUAACUCAUCUGAUCAGUAUACUUGGCUUGAAAGUGACCUGAGAAAGAUAAACAGAUCAGAAACUCCAUGGGUGGUUGCUACUUGGAGUCUUCCUUGGUACAGCACAUUUAAAGGGCAUUACAGAGAAGCUGCAUCCAUGAGGAUACAACUUGAAGACUUGCUAUAUACAUACCGUGUCGAUAUUAUUUUCAAUGGUCAGGUUGAUGCCUAUGAAAGGUCAAACAGAGUCUACAACUACAAGUUAGACCAAUGUGGUCCGAUUUAUAUAACAACCGGUGCAGGAGGAGCUGGGAAGCUAGAGACUGAGCAUGUAGAUGACCCUGGGAACUGUCCAGCUCCUUCUCAGAGAUACUCGGUUGGAUCCUGUGGCUUUAACUUCACGUUAGGACCUGUAAACGAGCAGUUUUGCCCGGUUAAGCAGCCGGAUUAUAGCGCGUACAGAGAAAGCAGCUUCGGUUUCGGUUUGCUAGAGGUGAAGAAUGAGACGCAUGCAUUGUGGAGCUGGAACCGGAAUCAAGAUUUGUACUAUAUCACCGGAGACAUUAUAUAUAUUGUACGUCAACCUGAAAUUUGCCCCGUUUAA